AUGGCAUCAACCACGAAGCCGCCAUUUGGCGUGUAUACCCCACUGGUCACAUUCUUCAACGAUGACGAGUCUAUCGACAUCCAGAGCACAAAGGCCCACAUCCAGCGCAUGGCUGAGGGGGGUGUCACCGGGCUUGUGCUCCAGGGCAGCAACGGCGAGGCGCCACAUGUCACGCACGACGAGCGAAGAACAAUCGCUCAGACAGCCCGCACACACCUCAACCAGCUUGGCUUUCCCCAGGUGAAGCUGAUCGUCGGCUGUGGAGCACCCAGCGUCCGCGAGACCCUGUCCUACAUCGCCGAGGCAAAGGAAGCCGGUGCCGACUUUGCAUUAGUACUUCCUCCGGCUUACUGGGUCGCCGCCAUGACCCCGGCUGUCAUAGAAGGCUUCUUCAGCGCGGUGGCGGACGACUCAGACCUUCCGAUCCUCAUCUACAACUUCCCUGGCGUUACCUCAGGCAUCGACAUAAGUUCAGACUCCGUAAUAAAGCUGGCAAAGAAACACCCAGGCAAGAUCGUGGGCGUGAAGCUCACUUGUGGAAAUGUGGGCAAGCUACAGCGCAUAGGGUCAGCGUUGCCUAGGGACACCUUCUCGCCGUUUGCGGGGAAGUCAGAUUUCUUCCUGCCUGCACUCGUGGCCGGCUCCGACGGCGUUAUUGCUGCGCUGGCCAACGUGGCGCCCAAGACACACGUGCGUUUGUUGCAAUUGUACCAGAACGGUGACCUCAAGGCUGCAAUAGAGCUCCAGUCUAAACUCAGCCAUGCCGACUGGGCAUUGUCCAAGGUCGGUGUCGCAGGUGUCAAGGCUGUCGUGUCACACUUCUUCUCUUAUGGUUCUGGCCGGGGCAGGAGGCCGUUGGGAUUUACUACAGUGUCUGCUCUUUCCGAAGAUAUUGUGGGACCCAUAAAGGAAGUCAUUGAUCUGGAAAAACAGUAG